AUGCGAAGAACAGCAGAUCAGUGUCCUGUCGAUAUCAUUCUAGCACCAUCAGGACGCCCCUUGACCGAUCUCGAAUACGCUGACGAUGUUGUUAUAUUCGCGGAAAGCAGUACGAAACUUCAACAUGUUACCAACCUUGUAUCGAAGCUGGCUGCAGCCUAUGGACUACGUCUACCCCCUGAUAAAUGCAAGCAGAUGUGGAUCUCCUCGAGACCUCGAACGGGAAUUGGGAUGGACGGACAACCGAUAGAACUCGUCGAUGAGUUCUGUUACUUGGGCUGUAUGCUGAAGAAUAGUGGCAGCUACGAGAGAGAUGCUCAGCAAAGAUGCGCCAAGGCCACUUCUGCAUUUAACUCUUCAACGAAAUGCCUGUGGCCGACCCUAAUCACCAACGAAGUCAAGCUGCGAGUCUACCUAAUCGCAAUUCACCCAUCAUGA